GGCUGUGGAUGUGAAUUCUUGUGCACUGGUAAUAUUUACUACUUGUUCCAACUUUCUUUCAGUCUGGGAAAUACCGGCGUGUUUGCUCAGUUCGUAACAACAAAAUUCGAAGACCCCCCACGGACAGCAAUCCAACUCCCCCGGGGCCUUGAACUCGGGGGUAUCUCUGAAAGAUAAAGAGCAAUGGCUGAUACUACUGCAGCUGAUAGUGGUUCAGAUCUGUCGUCGACUCCUCCAGGCUCUAAUGCCGUAUCGCCGUCAAACUCUUUCUCCUCAGACAAGGAAAACGGUGCCUCACCUGGCGCGUCGCGCAUAGAGAAGCGGAAGCAAGGGAACUGGCAGGCCCAGUCAUCAAAUGCGCGGUCGGAUAUGGGUGACACGUCAAAUAAGAGACGGAGGAUUUCUGGAAAAGAUCCUGGUGGGGAUGGCCACGCUGCACACAGGCGCGCGUUGGCCCUAGUCAAUGAUACAAAUUACUAUGACCCAGAGCAAGACCCUGAAGAAAGAAGGGCAGUCCGUAAGGGCUUAAGAGACCUUGCAACGAAAUUAAACGAUUCGCGCUCCGAGUUCAUCCAAGCUGGAUCCAAUGGCAUCCGGGAAACCAUUAUAAAAGCCAAUGAACUGUUCAAGCAAGUGAAGCAAACAUCAGAUGCAACGAUAGAUUCUCGUCUUUUGGUAAACGCCGCCGAUUUAUCGUACAAGCGAACCGCUCAGGCCAUUUUAGGAGACUCGGAUUCAGGCAUCGAUGUGGAGGAGUUUGUGUCAAAAUGUAUAUCGUUUAUGCGUGCAAUGCCAGUGGGAGAGGGAUCACCUAGUCAAAUCUUGAGCUCGCAGCGCCAACCUCAUGGUAGGAAUACUGAAGACAGCGACGACGAUGAUGACGCUCUUAACUGGGACGUAUUGGGUCGACAAGCUUGCUUUCCCCAUAAUAAGCGCCCUCCACUCUCGGGGUUUUUAUAUGGUCCCUUAUCUGUACAGAAGCGAGUCCGGCAGCAAACGCAACGAAGAGCAAGACAGGAAAGGAUAGAUCCUUCUCAGGCUAUCCGACCACAACAACUCCAAGCAGAAGACCUUGGGCGGCAGGAGACUGCUAAUUUGACAGCCAUUUGCACUGAGAUCCGGAAGAUCCUGGUGAGCACGCAGCAGAGAGGAGAAAAGCUCGCCACCGACGUGCUCUCAAACAUGCGUGAACCUUCACGAGAUCAGAUUCUGGAAGUCAUGUAUAAGUAUAAUAUAUCGGAUGAUGGCGGCGUCCCGCUCUUCAAAUUUUGCAUUAAUCCUCGGUCCUUCGGGCAGACGGUUGAGAAUCUAUUCUAUGUUAGCUUUUUGGUCAGAGAUGGGAGUGUUGGAGUUGCUCUCGAUGCUAGUGAUCUCCCCACGCUACAUCCUUCCACACCGGCAUUACCAUCCGAGGCACAACGCAAGGGUCUUCAGAAACAUCAGGCCGUUUUCAGCCUGGACUUUGAGACCUGGAGAAAUUUAAUUGAAGUAUUUGACAUCAAGAAACCAUUGAUUCCCCACAGAAAUGAAGAUGCAGAGUCGUCACAGGCAAACAGAGACAUGCUUGUAGGUCAUCAUAUUUAA